UUGUAGUCUUUACUUGGCGGAACCUCAAGCGCAGAGAGUUAGCUCGCAAGUAACCCCCUAGAUAUCAAGCAACGAAUGAAUUCGCUUGUUAAUUAUUUAAUUAAUACGUUAAAUAUUAUUUUUUGUCGGACUUUAACAUUACGAUGUAUAACUUGCUGUUAUGAGUAAGGCUGUCGCUACGUAAUGUCUUGUUAGCCUAGCUUAGAUUAGCCUUGUAGCUAAGCAGCAUUGCUCAACACAGUUAUGUGACAGCUGUUGAAAGUUAUGUGAUACAACACAGGAAGAACUUAUAUCAGUAACACCUAGCGGCCACUGUGACUACGGAACUUUCGCUCGUGUGUUAAUGUGGCGAACUGUCGUUGGGUAAACAGGUUUUCUUCGAAACUGGGGCUGCCUCCGAAGCGUUCACAACAUGUUGAACAUUCCGACCCAGUCCUUCCCAGCGCCGUGCUCCCAGCAGCGGGUGGCACCGUCCGGUCAGUCCGGGAGGAGCAAGGUGGCCCUGAAGCCUGGCCACAGUCUAAUGGACUGGAUCCGGUUUUCCAAGAGUGGCAAAGAUCUGACCGGGCUCAGAGGGCGACUGAUUGAAGUUACACAGGAAGAGCUCCAGAAACACAACACAAGAGAAGACUGCUGGACCUGUAUACGAGGCAUGGUGUACAAUGUGACCCCCUACAUGGACUACCACCCUGGUGGAGAGGAGGAGCUGAUGAAGGCAGCUGGGAUAGAUGGCACUGACCUGUUUGAUCAGGUCCAUCGUUGGGUGAACUAUGAGUCCAUGUUGAAAGAGUGUCUGGUGGGCAGGAUGGCCACUAAGGCCACCACAGUUAUUAAAGCUGCCAUGCCUCCUCCACCACUCACUGGCCUCGCUCCACCCGUCCCAGUGGCUCCUCCCCCAGACAAAGACUCCCGGCCUCGGUACGACUGGUUCCAAACUGAUGUGACUGUUCAUCUGGUCAUUUAUGCCAAAAGAAAGAUCCCCAGCUCAGGCUGCACCAUUGUUGACCUCGAGGCGGGUGUUCUACGUCUGGAAGUACUGCUGGGGAAAAUGUCCUACAUGAUACAUUUAUGUCUAGCUGAUGAAGUUGAGGGAAAUGUUUCUGUACACACUGCUUUCUCAGUGGGAAAGAUCCAGGUCAGCAUGCGCAAGCUGGCUAAAGGAAAAUGGACAAGUCUCGGUCAACCGCAGGAAUUCCACAAUACAUUUAUACGCAAAAAAGACAGAGCUCCCCACUAUCGGGACUGUGUGUUGGUGUCUAAGACUGAGGUGAACCAUAACACUCAUGUGUUCAGACUGCAACUCCCACGUGGCACCGUCAUGCAUGUACCCAUUGGAAAACAUGUCUACCUCAAAGCCCUCAUUCAAGACACUGAAGUAGUGAGGCCGUACACUCCGGUGGAUCAGAGCCUGACGUCAGCCUCCCUCCGCUCCUCACAGGAAUCAGAUCUCUACCUCAUGAUCAAAGUCUACCCUGAUGGAGUGUUCACCCAGCAUCUCAACAGCUUGCAGCCUGGAGACCAUAUAUCCGUCAGUGGUCCAGAGGGUACCUUCGCUGUCCGCCCACUUCGUGAUGUCACAGACCUCUACCUGUUAGCAGCAGGCACAGGAUUUACACCCAUGACUCGCCUUAUCCAACUGGCCCAGCAGGAACUUGACACCAUCAGAAAAACCAGGCUGCUCUUUUUUAACCGCCGGGAGGAGGACAUUCUGUGGCGCAGCGAACUGGAUCAACUAGCUGCCAAUAAUGAGAGGUUUCAGGUGGAGUACGUCCUCUCGGAGCCCUGCGAAGGCUGGACCGGCAAGAGGGGUCGGGUGGAUGAGUCCAUGCUCCAGGAUUUCCUCGACAGGCCAGAGGGGUCCAGAUGCUAUGUGUGUGUGUGUGGCCCCACUGCCUUCACAGAGUUAACAGUAGGGUUGUUGAAGCAGCAGGGCUUCAGUGAAGGGGAGCUCCAUGCCUUCUGUGGCUAAUGACCCCUCUGUGAAAAACCCUUCACCCAACGCCACCCUGCAGAGACUGUGUGUGCCUGUGAGUGAGUGAGUGAAUAAGUUAGUGAGAGAGAAAGAUUUUAAUUCAGAAACUUGAGUUUGUGAGAAAAUGAAAAGAAAAUUGUAUUUCUAUGCACCAAGGAGCUGAUGAUGCUGAAAGCAUGAGCCCAGACAGUUUGGCCACUGCGUGGAGCAAAAUCAAUAGAUUCCAUUAGAGCUAGGAUUUGAGACGUUGUAAAGGUGAGUGUAAAAUAAAAGCAGUAAUAUAUACUGAGGCAAAGGGAAAUGAAUGAGAUUAUGGAAAGUGAUGAAGUAUAUGCAAUAUAAGCAGAGAGUGAAGCUGAGCCUGUCAGUGUGGCUCUUACUGUUCCUGUUACACGGAUGCAGAUUCAGCAGAGUUCUAACCACUGCAGAGAAAUAAAAUACAUGAUGGUGACAUCUUUAAGGGUAGCCUCCUGUACAUUAAGACUGGGGCAGGUUUCAUUACUGCCCCUGAAUGGAGUCUUGUCUCAGCUUGAGUUUGACUUCAAGUCAACAAGUUGACCUUUAUUUAAAAAAGUCGAUUUGUUUUACCUAUUUAAGAGUAGCUACACAUGCUUUUGCUGCCUUAUACACAUUGAAACCUAGAAGUGUAAUGUCACUGUUCAGUCUGUGAUUGUUACUGGUACUGUAAACAGCUAAAUGAUUUCAGAAUCUGCAGUCACAUCCUGAUGUUACAUUACACUCAGAGUAGAAGGAGGGAGGGGGAAAUAACAGCAAAUACAUUCAGGAUGGACAGUUAAUGUAAAAAUCAAAUGAACAUGGCAUUAAGUGGAAGUCGUGUAGCACACUGAAUGAUAUAACAGCACGGCCUGCUGCACACAGCUGCUCUUUAUGCACUGAAAACAUCCCCCGCUCAAAAACGAACGAGCACCUGAGCACUUCCUGAACCCUGAAACCUAAAUGUUAGAAUGAGUUAGAGAUACAGCAGCCUCAGAAAUGAUUCACAGCCCUUCAACUUUUUCUACAGUUUAUCGUGUGGUAGAUUUUAUUUAAAAUACAUCAAAACUAUUAAUCUACACUUCAGAGAAAUUUUUGCACAUUUAUUAAAAUUACAAUAUUGAAAUAUCUAAUUUACAAAAGUAUUCAGACACGUAAUUUAGUACUUUGUAGAAGCACCUUUGGCACCAAUUGUAGCUUCAAGUCCUCUUGGGUAAAUCUCUGCAAGCCUUACACACCUGGAACUGUUUAUCCCAUUCUUCAUCACAGAUGCUCUCAAGCUCUCAGGGUGGAUCUGUGAAGCAUCUGUGAACUCUCACCUUCAUGUUUCUCAACAGAUUUUAAGUCUGGGCUUUGUCUGGGCCACUCAGGCACAGUGAGGGACUUGUCUUGGCUGUAUACCUCGGGUCAUUGACAUGGUCACUCCACUCCUCAUAUUGUGAGCCCUGUAACCUCUCUACAACAAAAGGCCUGAUUGAUGGAGUUCUGCUCAGAUGGUCAUCCUUACAGUGACCUCUCUGACCAUGGCCCCUCUUACCUGGUUAUUCAGUUUGGCUGGACAGGCGUCUCUGGGCAGAGUCGUGGUGGUUCUAAACUCAUUUCUUUUCACAAUCAUGCUCCUGGGAACACUCAAAGCUUUAGACAUGGUUUUAUACCUUUCUCCCUGGUCUAUACCUAGCCACAAAAUUUUAUUGUGAAGGUCUGCACAGAGUUCUCUGAACCGCAUGGCUUAGUUUUUGUCCUGAAUCAUGGGACCAGGUGUGUGCCAUUCUGAAUCAUGCCUAAUCGAUUCAGUUUGCCACAGGUGGACUCCAAUUCUAGACAUACUUGAAGGAUAAAUAUAGCAAACAAGAUUGACGUGACCUCAGUUUGGAGCGCCACAGUGAAGGGUCUGAAUACUUUUGUAAAUUAGAUAUUCAAGUUUUUGAUUUUCAGUAAAUUUGAAAAAAAUAAAUCAAAAUGUUUCCACUUUAUCUUUUUGGGUUAGUUAGUGUAGGCUGAUGGGCAAUUAUAUCAAUUUAAAAUUAAAUCUAUAACACGAUAACACAAAGUGUGGAAAAUGUAGAGGUGAAAAUGAAGAGGUCUGAAUUAAUAUCUUUGGCCAGGGACACAUCAUCAGUGAUAUAAUUGCAGGUCACUGGGUGUUCUGCGUCCUGAUCACAGCUCUCAUCAGCUGUGUCUCCCCAAAGGGACUGUAGCAAACACAGGCUCCUUUUAAAUCAGGUAUUGUGCAGAGAGUCUGGCCUCUCCAGACAUUUCAGGGUCCUUUAAUUAAAUACUCCCACACUUACAACAGACACAUCUGCUUUCUCAUUAUCUUUUAAAGGGCUUGUUUGUGCCGCAGCUUGAUUCUUUGAAUUUUCUGUGCGAACAAGAUGAAAACUGUGCUCCUGAGCAGAGCAGAGAGUUUCUGAAGGUGGGCUGUCUUCUGUGUCCAGCUGUGUCUCAUGCUGACUGCUCAGUUCUCUCUUUUAUUCCAAACACAAGGAUUUUUACCUGGUAAAGACCCACGAGACUCUGCAGAAAAUGUGCCUGUUAGACAUGAAGAGUAGCAAAACAAAUGGUCUCUCAUAUGAAAAUGUUACACGAAGGUUGUGGGACACCGCUCGAAAAAAACACAAAGCCAGUUCCCUGCUAGAGAUGCUGAAUCACGCACAAAGUAAAUCCAACAUCAGGUCCAGCCAUCUGCUCUCAGGUUUAUUGAAGCCAGCAGUGUCCAAUCCUGUGCCAAGGGAAGACAUUUCAUGUCUGCACCCAUGACAAGCAGCUCAUUUCACUCAUCAGUGUGGCUUACACCAGGAAGGAGUCAGUGAAAGGAGCUGGUUGACUGGACGGAAAACUCUCUGUCACAGCAUUAGACACCACAGGCUCAGAGAAAUCUGUUUUACCGUUACUCUGUUGUUGACUGUUUAUUAGGGGUUGUGUACUUUAUGUAUUUAAUAUGCUACAUACUGAAUCUUUGCUGAUAACUCUGUCAUUCUUUCAUGUAUAAACUCCCAACUUUUUUUCACAAUGUGUUCACAAGUGUGAGACUGAUAUACAGUGAUAUAUCAAUAUAUAGGACGAUUAUUGGCCUUUCAUUAAAAAACUGCCAGUUCACCACAGUCCACAUUUGUAAGUGAGAGUUGCAGUUCAUAGAUAACUUUCCAUGGUCCAACAUUCUGGCAGCUUCAUUUCAUAAAAACCCUCAAAAUCCCAUGUAUGCUAAACCCCAGCACUUACUGCCAGUUUUCUUUGCAAGUUUUCUUCUCAAAAAAAAAAAAAAAGAAAA